CUCUAUCCCUAUUCAGUUUUGGGUCUGACUUCGUGAGCUAACAAAAAUAUCGUGGGUAUUGGAGUGGUGAAUCCACCCUACCUUCCUGUACGAUUAUUGGAUUGUUGCUACACGUUAAUACUUAAGCAACUAACUGUAAUGGAAUGAAAUCGCUUCAGAAAGCUUACCGAGAUUGGGGCUACUCACGCUUCAACAUGUACAGUGCAAGUAAGAAAAAUCUUACUACAUGGGAAGCAGCUCCUCCAACCUACCAACCCCACCACGUCAUUACCCAGCAACCACCUUUUCCCGUUUCUUGAUUACUGAAGAAGAGGUCAAGGAUGUACAUUCCCCUAUCAUCAUGAUUCACAUAUUUUAAGAAACAACAAGGGACUGGAUUUACGCUUGACAAUACCUUCAAGCUCCAGCGUAAUGCAACAUUAAUGAGCUUCACCUACAGCCUGCCUAUUCUACGAUGACAAGAGCACAUCUCAGGUUAUGAAGUGCAGUCAACCUUACACUGCAGAAAAGUAAGCCUUUGUGUUUGAAGACCUCUGUUAGACGUGGAAGAAUGAAAGAGGUGUUUUCAAUUAAACUGUUCCUUUGUAAGCUGUUGAUCCUACUACAUAUUCUCAUGAGCAGUGGCCAGACACCCCCAGGAAGACCAGUAAUCACUGAAUGCCGGUCACCAGAAAAGGAGACCUUUACCUGUUGGUGGGUGCCUGGCUCCAGUGGAGGCCUAACAACUAAGUACUCAUUGCAUUACAAAAUAGAUGGUUCCCAGGAAAAUUACGAAUGUCCUGAUUACAAGACAGGUGGUCAAAACUCUUGUUACUUCAACAAGUCUUACACAUCCGUUUGGAAUACAUAUACAAUCACUGUUAUUGCAACUAAUAAUUUAGGAAGCAACAUAUCUGAACCUUUGUACGUGGAUGUGGCUUACAUAGUACAACCACAUCAGCCAGAAAAUAUUACAGCAGAGUUUACAACACUGGACCAAAAACCAUACCUAAUGGUGAAGUGGGAUCCUCCCAAAAAAGCAGACACAAAAUCAGGAUGGAUGACUCUGCAGUAUGAGCUCCGGAUAAAGCCUGAGAAGGGACUCAUCUGGGAGAAUCACUUUGCUGGCAACCAGAAACAAUUCAAUAUUUACAGUUUGAUCCCUGGUGAAGUUUAUCUUGUGGAGGUUCACUGCAAACCAGAUCAUGGUUAUUGGAGUGAAUGGAGUCAUACCACCUAUGUACAAAUCCCACACUAUAUGAGAGUGAGGGACACGUCCAUAUGGAUGAUGAUUGGAAUUCUAUCAGGAUUUAUAUGUCUGCUUUUGAUAUGGACCAUAGCAGUGAAAUGUAACAGAAUGAAGAAAUAUCUAUUACCACCAGUCCCAGUACCAAAAAUUAAAGGAUUUGAUAUUCAGCAACUGAAGAAUAAAAAUUCAGAAGACUUGAUUCUUGCACUAGGUGGCCACGGAUUCUUCCCCACAAACUCCACAGAGCUUCUGAUUGAAUUUCUUGAAGUAGACGACAGCAAUGAGUGGAAAAUUAUGCCAUGUAUGGGAGAUUACAAUUGCCAGGAAGAACAGAGGAAUGCUUUCAAAAGUCAGAAUGAUAAAGAUUCAGGCAGAGGGAGCUGUGACAGUAACACUCUUCUGCUUGGGAAAUGCAGUGAAAACAAAUUCCAUCACAAUGGGUGUGAGAAUACUGUAAAGGAUCAUGGAAAGCAAGAAAUUAAUCCCAGAGCAGAAGGAACACAAACAUUAUCUUUCAAUAAUACAGAAGAUGUAACAUUACUUGAUACUGAUACCAUUAAAGGAAAAACAAACACAUGGCCAUUAGUUUACUCAGCAGUUAACAAGGCUCAGACGUCACAGUUAUUAUCAUCAGAUAAUAAAUUAUUAGAAACACCAGUGAAAAACCUGAACAGUGAGUCUUAUCUCAUCACUCACAUGGUAGACCAGACUGAAAAACAGAAAGGGAGUGGAGAUCCAGCUUCUUCAGGAACAGCUGACCAAUGCUAUUGGGUCUCUACUGAUGAGGCCACUCAUUUGACUUCAUCCAAACCAAUGGAAUAUGUAGAGGUUGAAAAAGUUAACCAGCAGAACAUACUGAUUGUGAAGCCAAAAUCUGAGCAUAGUUCAUCCAUUGACUCUUCCAGGCAGGAGUACACGAAAGUGAGUGCCGUGGUAAAUGACAAUGUAUUAGUGUUGAUGAAGGAUAAAGGAGCUCAGUGCAACCAUGAUCAUCGAGAAUUACCAAAUCUAUCUGACAGUCACAGCCUGCAAUGGCAGGAUGGGAAAUUAGUGACUGGCUCUUCUGUACUUGCUGUGCAGGUGAGCACCAAUUUGGCACCUAGUGGAUAUGUGGAUACAUCUGCUUUCUUACAGCCUAUGCAUUAAGUUGCCUCAAAAAUGGAAGAACAUUGCUUACAUUGUUUAAAAAUGGGUGUGAUAAAAAUUUUUACUAUACAUUUUACAAACCUAUAAAUUUGGUCCUAUUGUGAAGAAAUUAAUUUUGUAUUUUUUACCUCUAUUCCAUACCACAGUUUUCUCAAUAGGCUUGAAAAUGUUUUGAGCUUUAAAAUACUUGUGAAAAGGAGGUUUUCUGGUAUAUUUCACCAUCAGUGAUAUUUUCUUUGAAGGUAUUGAAUUUGUAUAAUUUAUCCAGUUCUCCCCCUGAAUAUCUGAUGUUAGAGUGUCUUUUCCAUUUAUAUGUUUUGCCAAAAUAUUUUCAUUUUCCCUCUUACUCUUCUUCCAAUUAGUCUGCCAUAAACCACUUUUAUGGCUUUCUGCUUCUACAAUGUGGCCUUUCCAUUUCUCUUAUUUCUUCCAUAAUUAUGUUCAAAUGCCAGAGAUGUUCAUUCUUCUUAUGGUCUUGCAACUUAUUUCCAUCCAUGGCCAUUUUUCAAUAGCCUCCAAUCUGCUUCUUUCUUUCCUCCUCAAUGUCCAUAUCUCUCAAUUGCUUAAAUCAAGUGUGGGCAGUCAUGGGGCUAGAGGGCUUCAUUGACUUCAAACAUUUGCAUCCAGCCAAUUGCAGUAUUUAAUGUCAAUAUUUUUGGUUCAACCAAAUUCUCAAUUUAAAGUUUAUUUUGUUGUGAAUUGAUCUUGUCAUUAAUUAAUCAGAUGGUUUACUCUAAAUCCUCAUCUGCUAAUUUGAGCAAAAUUAAAAACAUUAUGACUUAAACUUCUCUUUGAAUUUCAAAAAGACACUGCUUCCACAAUUUUAAGUGUCAAGCAGUCUUAGCUCUUUUUUGCUUUAUAUUUCUCUUGCUAGUUAAUAAUUUUUGCUUAGUUUUUUUUUAUUAUUGUGUCUUCUUAUUAGACGGAUGAUAAUUUAACAAGACAGUGAAAAUUUAAUUGGCUAAUCUGGUGCCAUGUUCACCUAGAUGUGCAUCAAUAAUGUGCAUCAAUCAAUGUUUUUGAGAAACAAUUUUGAUAAAAAAAAGUUUUCACAAUUGAGAGGUUCAAAUUUUCCUUAGUCAAUUUGGCAGCAUAGUAAAACAUAAGCUUGAAAGGCAAAAUCUAACUAUGUAGCAUAAUCCUUAAACCUAAAAAUCAGCAUUCUAAUUUAAAAAAUGGUUGUAACAAAAGCCUUCAUCCACUGAACCCCACUAAAUUGUGCACCAGUUGCUUAAGGUUAUACUCCAUAAUUAAUGAGAUUCCUGUGUUCCUUGUUCUUAUAAAGUAGCUGUCUUUUCCUUAUUAAUACAUAUUUAACUGCUGUACAUUCAGCCUUAACAUAGCCUUUGCACUUUUAAUUGUCUAAAGUGAGCAAACAAAAGUAAUAAAGUUGCUUCACCUGCCUCUAGCUUCACUCUGACAGUUUAAAAAAUACAAUUUAUGUAAUUUCAAAAUUUUGGAACAAAUAGAGCCAGACAGAUGGAACUAGUAGUCUCGGUACAUCCUAGAAGUUAUGUUUAUGUUAACCAUUCUCCUUUACUGACAUGUUUAAUGAAAGGUGGAAGGAGGUGCCUUAGCUUUACUACAAAAAUGUAUCCACAUUGCAUUUAGCUGCUAGACAGAUAGUAGUUUUGGUUGUGUUCCACAAAAGGGUCACUAAGUGAAAUCUAAGAAAUUGCAGGUAUAGUGUCACUACAGAACUGCUUGUUUAAAUGGUUGGGAUCUUGUAUUAUGUGUUAGAUAUUAACAAUUCAGGUACUCAUUCUGAUUUUGACUGCAGCACAUUUUCUGAAGACUCAGCAUUGUAAGUAGAUGCAGACUGGUCUGAACUGGUCCUGUGCAAAACAGUUCAGGCCUACCAUGAAUUGGUAUCCCUUCUAGGGCUGUUUCUUGCUGGGAUUUAUCAGAUCCCCUUGACAGCCUGUGUUGAAAAAUAAAGGUUUAUAAAAUGAAUGAUUUAGGUAACUGUCUGCUCUACACAAAAUGGUUCAAUGCCCAGUAUUCAAUACUGAGCACAUAUAUAAUGCUUACUUGAAAUAGUUCAGCAAUUAAUUAAUGGACAGAUAUUGUUAGGUUUCAUUUAUGUUAAUCAGUUUGGAACUGCUAUGUUUUCUGUCUAUUUAAACAAAACUGUAUCUUUAUGUGUACACAUUAUUUAAUUAGUAAUUUUAAAAAAAAAUUGAAUUUACCUAUUAACUUGUUACAAUGCUCCAAACCUACAUGCUGUGAAGAGUGUUUUUAAAAAAUACACUGAACUGAAUCGAAAUGAAAACAACAUAACAUACAGUAACAUCCUCAAACUGACUUAAUCUGGUUCAGGGUUGGUAACUUGGCAGGAACCAAGCCAGGGAGAAGCAGCACUCUACCACAAAGCCCAUUCAUGUACACAACCACAUUGGGCUAAUUUAGAAUCACCAGUUAACCUAACCAUAAAAAUUCAUCUCAAACAUGGACAGAAAGUGCCAAGUCCACAUGGCCAGCACCCAGGUGCAUGAUUCAGACACAGGAUGCUGGUGAACCUUGGAAGCAAAAGUACUUGUCACUGUGUCACUUUUUACUUGAAACUGAAUCAUACUGUAAAACCGUCAUAAUGUUUUCAACAGGAUCAAACAAUCAAAUAUUUGAUGUUGUAGUGAGUUACCUCUCCUAAGACUAUUGUAUACCGUCAGGGAGACACUACACAGAGAGGAGACAAGGUUACAUGUGCUAUACUUUUUGUACAUACUUCAUGUGUAUUCUAUCAUUCUUCACCCAACAAUUCCUUUAAAUGUAAUAAUAAUGAAGCAAGUAAAUAAAGAAAAUAAAAGUGGAACACAAAAAAGUAUAAACAAACAUAAACAAAGACAAAGAAGGACUCAGUUACUGUAUAGGAUUAAAAUUCAUCCAUCCAUUUUUGUAACAUGAAUAAUCCUAUUUAUGGUUGCAUAGCCUAACACACACUAAAAAUUACAGUUUACAUUUAUAGAGAGAAGUCAAAUAAAAUGACACCUUUUAUUGGCUAACUGAAAAAGAUUACAAUAUGCAAGCUUUCGAGGCAACUCGGGCUCCUCUUUCAGGAAAGAUGUAAUCAAGGCCAGACUUCUCACUACAUUCAUAAUGGCUAACACUGUACAACACCCUAGUACUAAAGUUUACAUUUAAAAACAAUAAAGGGCUCACCUUAGAGAAACAAAGGAAGAGGGGUAAUUGCACAAAAAAGUUGGAAAUACUGUUAAAUUUCACAAUCACCUACUACACACCUUAUAAGCCUAUAAACAUAUGUCCCAAGGGAUGUGUAAUAAAUGACUCAGAUCAGAUGAGCGUAAGGAAAGCAAUGUAGCCAUGAUUCAAAAGAUUAUAGGUGAAGGUUUCUAAAAGUGGGGUUGAUUUGAAGAGAUGAUUUUAUGUGUGCAGUGAUCCUGGCUGCAGAAUUCUGAAUAUAAUGAAUUUUAUAAUUUGAGGAGGCCCACAGAUCAGAGUCAUUUGUCAAAGUCAAACCAGAGACAAACCAAAUUAUCUGACAAAAAAAAAUCAGGGAUUUAUGGGAUAAAUUGGAUGCAGAAAAAAAAUUAAAAACAAAAUUAUGAGUAAAUUUCAUUAGAUGACCAAAGAAUAAAAUGAAGAUAAAAUGGAAGUUUAUCUUAGUAGCAGCUGCCUAACAUUCUUUUUGGAUUGUGAUUAUUGCCUCAAGAUCAGCAUGUGCCAGAUUAGGCUCCAGAUCACUUUGAGCUCAUUGAUAGAAAUGGGAAUAAAGCUGUUUCUGAUAACAAACCUAUGCUGCAGAUUAACAAAGACACUAGGAACAUUUGAUUUGUUCAAUUAGGUUGAUGAGAGAUUGAACUGAAAUGACACACACAGUAGCACCGCAGCCCAGACCUCCAGGAGCAUCAAAGAACAUUACCCUUUUAUAAACAAUGUUGAAGUAGUGUGGUUGUUCUUGCUUUGUGCCCAGUGCUGUUUGGGUAGGCUCUGUUUCCUCACGACUUUGAACUGGAUUAACUGAGUCUGAAGAGUAGUGUUAGGGAUAGUUUGAUAUCGUGAAACCAUUGUUAUUCAGUUGGUAAUAUUAAUGCUUAAAAACACACUUAUUGCACUACAGUUUUGUUUUGAAGGUUUAGAAUAACAGUAAUUGUUUUCCUUUUCCUUGGCAAACAGUUUUUUUUAAUUAAAGAAAUAUUUAUUCUGAUUCACUUUUCCAAAAAUGUCCAUCUUUUCAUACUAAAACAAUGCAUCAGUGCAGACUUCCACAUGUUAUUACUGUACAGAACAACAGUACAUCUAUACUUCUAGGUUGCAGGAUCUGCAAUUUUUUUACUACUUUCCUUACUUUUUGUUGACUGGUUAGCAGAAGCAGUUCCAUCGGCUUCUUCUUAUAUUUGAAUGAUGUUUCUGUUGAAAAUAUAAGUGAAUACAGUGUGUUUCAUUCAUAACCCUAAACUACAAGACUUUGAACAAGCUGGUCACAAUGAUGAUGCAAGGAGAGCUCAAAUAAAAAUUGCAAAAGGUAGGAAAACAGUUGUAGCAACAUUCUCAAUAUAUGCAGGGACUUUAAAUACAAAUUCUACCUUUCUCUAAUAUCUAGGUACUGUAUAUCACACAUACACUGUCCUUUUCAAAGGACAGAGAGAAAAGCACCAAGAUGACAGAGAUUUCGAAGAGAGCAGCACAGACACUUCACCUUCGCAAUCAUUUACUUGAUGUUUUGUCUAAAAUAUACCAGCCUUAGCUAUGCACUCUCUGUAAUAUGGACAAAAGAGGAGAUUAUUAACCCUCUUGAUUUUUUGCUGUUUCAUUUUUCUUCAGAAAAAAAUAUAAUUGUAUUCAAAUUAUAUAUUUUGAUAGUACACAAAACUCUUGCACCUUGCUUAUGUUGCCUUAAUACAAAUAUGAAUUCCCAGAGGUGUGUAAUGAACCCCUAGAGUUUUCCUCACCACAGAGCCUGUGAAAGUCUAUUUUAUUAUUGUGCUUUUGUAUGAAAAUGGCAUGCUUUAUACCUUUACUGUUCUAGUGGGAAUCUUUCUUUCACAUUGUUUUGAUCCCAACAGUUUUUCAUGUAUAUUUUUAUGUAACUAGAUUUGUAUCAUUGUACAAAAACAAUUUUUGUAAAGAAAAAGAAAAGGACAAUCAAUGUUACACAGUUUCCUUGUAACACAUUCUUUUAAAUAAGUAUGAUAUUGUAUUUCAGGUAUUUAAUUCAGGUUGUGUAAUACAAAGUGCACAGACAAGGGGAUUACUGCACCCCACUAUUUUGUAUAAAAAUGUAUUUUUGAGAAUCAUAUCUCUUUAAAGAAAAGGGAAACACUUUCUUUGCACAUAGUUUUCUAUCUACACAGAAUUUACUUAUAAGAUUUUAGCUAACAAACAUUUUUAAAUCAAUUGUCAGAGAGUAGUGUAAUUAUUUAUGGUAAUAUAAAUUUAUAUGGUAAAACGUCUGGGUAAUCAACAAAUUAUCAUCUUGUUUCAUAGACAGCUAUUCAAGCUAAUUUUGUAAUGUCAUUGUGUCAAACUGUUUCUUUAGUUGAAAGCUUGCCAUAUAAAAGGCUUAAAAUUGCACAGAUUACAGAAAUUUAUUCAGUUGUUGAAAGUUUUGAAUAAAUAUGCUCCAUAAAAA